AGAAUGUGAGGUUUCUCUCAAAGGCAUCUUGCAUCAGCCUGUGGAUGUAUGCCUGCCACCAGCCUCCUUUACGGGCAAAGGGGAAAAAGAAGUGCUUCACAACAAAUCCUUUCUGGGUUGGGGGAACGCAGUGGACUAUAACUGUUUGCUUCUUUACCAAACUGUGCACUCCUGGAUAAAAGGUGACCUUCAGGUGGCCUGGGCUUCAAUGCUCUAGAACAUUUCAAAGCCGUGGUUUGAAUUAUUUUAAAGACGCUGAAAAAAUUGAAGAGAAGCAGAGGCUGGCUGUGUUUUGAAGAUCCUGCUGCACAGAGAAUGUUCUGCACCUAUUGAUAGAUACUAGGCAUGCAUGAGGACACUGCGGAACUUUUCACCCUCACCAUCAACACAGAGGCGGGCUCCAGUUCCUACUCCAUCUUCUGAGAUGAAGCUGGUCCCCAGGAUGCCCUUGGUGCUGCUCCUGCUGCUGCCUGUCUUGAGUUCUGCAAAAGCUCAGGUCAAUCCAGCUAUUUGCCGCUAUCCUCUGGGCAUGUCAGGUGGCCAAAUUCCAGAUGAGGAUAUCACAGCUUCCAGUCAGUGGUCAGAGUCUACAGCUGCCAAAUACGGAAGGCUGGACUCAGAAGAAGGGGAUGGAGCCUGGUGUCCUGAGAUUCCAGUGGAACCCGAUGACCUGAAAGAAUUUCUGCAGAUUGACUUGCAUACUCUACACUUUAUCACUCUUGUGGGGACCCAGGGGCGCCAUGCAGGGGGUCAUGGCAUUGAGUUUGCACCUAUGUACAAGAUCAAUUACAGUCGGGAUGGCACUCGCUGGAUUUCUUGGAGGAACCGGCAUGGAAAACAGGUGCUAGAUGGAAAUAGUAACCCCUAUGACAUUUUCCUGAAGGACUUGGAGCCUCCCAUUGUAGCCAGAUUUGUCCGCUUCAUUCCAGUCACUGAUCACCUUAUGAAUGUGUGCAUGAGGGUGGAGCUUUAUGGCUGUGUCUGGCUAGAUGGCUUGGUGUCUUACAAUGCUCCAGCUGGGCAGCAAUUUGUACUACCUGGAGGCUCCAUUAUUUAUCUGAAUGACUCUGUCUAUGAUGGAGCUGUUGGGUACAGCAUGACUGAGGGGCUGGGCCAGCUCACAGAUGGGGUGUCUGGCCUGGAUGAUUUCACCCAGACCCAUGAAUACCACGUGUGGCCAGGCUAUGACUAUGUGGGCUGGCGAAAUGAGAGCGCCACCAAUGGCUACAUCGAGAUCAUGUUUGAAUUUGACCACAUCAGGAAUUUCACUACUAUGAAGGUCCACUGUAACAACAUGUUUGCUAAAGGUGUGAAGAUCUUUAAGGAAGUGCAAUGCUACUUCCGCUCGGAAGCCAAUGAAUGGGAACCCAAUGCUGUCUCCUUUCCCCUUGUCCUGGAUGAUGUCAACCCCAGUGCUCGCUUCGUCACAGUGCCUCUCCACCACCGCAUGGCCAGUGCCAUUAAAUGCCAAUACCAUUUUGCUGACACCUGGAUGAUGUUCAGUGAGAUCACCUUCCAAUCAGAUGCUGCAAUGUACAACAACUCUGGAGCCCUGCCCACCUUGCCUAUGGCACCUACAACCUAUGAUCCAAUGCUUAAAGUUGAUGACAGCAACACUCGGAUCCUGAUUGGUUGCUUGGUGGCCAUCAUCUUCAUCCUCCUGGCCAUCAUUGUCAUCAUCUUGUGGAGACAAUUCUGGCAGAAAAUGCUGGAGAAGGCUUCCCGGAGGAUGCUGGAUGAUGAAAUGACAGUCAGCCUUUCCCUGCCAAGCGAGUCCAGCAUGUUCAAUAACAACCGCUCCUCAUCACCAAGUGAACAGGAGUCCAAUUCGACUUACGAUCGCAUCUUUCCCCUUCGCCCUGACUACCAGGAGCCAUCCAGAUUGAUACGGAAACUCCCAGAAUUUGCUCCAGGGGAAGAGGAAUCAGGCUGCAGUGGCAUUGUGAAGCCAGUCCAGCCCAGUGGACCCGAGGGGGUGCCCCACUAUGCUGAGGCCGACAUCGUGAACCUCCAGGGAGUGACUGGAGGCAACACCUACUCAGUGCCUGCUGUCACCAUGGACCUGCUCUCAGGAAAGGAUGUGGCUGUGGAAGAGUUCCCCAGAAAACUUUUAACAUUCAAGGAGAAGUUAGGAGAAGGCCAGUUUGGGGAGGUUCAUCUCUGUGAAGUGGAGGGAAUGGAAAAAUUCAAAGACAAAGAUUUUGCCCUAGAUGUCAGUGCCAGCCAGCCUGUCCUGGUGGCCGUGAAAAUGCUCCGAGCAGAUGCCAACAAGAAUGCCAGGAAUGACUUCCUUAAGGAGAUAAAGAUCAUGUCCCGGCUGAAGGACCCAAAUAUCAUCCGUCUCUUAGCUGUGUGUAUCACUGAGGACCCUCUCUGUAUGAUCACGGAAUACAUGGAGAAUGGAGAUCUCAAUCAGUUUCUUUCCCGCCACGAACCCCCCAAUUCCUGUUCCAGCAAUGUUCCUACUGUCAGUUAUGUCAACCUGAAGUUUAUGGCUACCCAAAUUGCCUCCGGCAUGAAAUACCUUUCCUCUCUUAAUUUUGUCCACCGAGAUCUGGCCACACGGAACUGCCUAGUUGGUAGGAACUACACCAUCAAGAUAGCUGACUUUGGAAUGAGCAGAAACCUAUACAGUGGUGACUACUACCGGAUCCAGGGCCGGGCAGUGCUCCCCAUCCGCUGGAUGUCCUGGGAAAGCAUCUUGUUGGGCAAAUUCACCACAGCCAGUGAUGUGUGGGCCUUUGGGGUGACUCUGUGGGAGACUUUCACCUUUUGUCAAGAGCAACCGUAUUCCCAGCUAUCAGAUGAACAGGUUAUCGAGAAUACUGGAGAGUUCUUCCGAGACCAAGGGAGACAGACUUACCUCCCUCAGCCAGCCAUUUGCCCUGACUCUGUGUAUAAGCUGAUGCUCAGCUGCUGGAGAAGAGAUACCAAAUACCGUCCCUCAUUCCAAGAAAUCCAUCUUCUGCUCCUUCAACAAGGUGAAGAGUGAUGUUGUCCACGCCUGCCAAUGUCCUGAUGGCCCCAGUUCUCCCCACAAGACCUACCACUCAUCCACAUCUAAGCCACUUCAUCUGGACAUUUAGUGGACCUGAGGGACAGAGGCUUGUUUGCUUUGCUCUCUCGCUGUCUCUGUCCCUCUCUUCCCUCACUGUACUAUCCCACUCCUUACCACUGAUUCAUAUAUAAUUUUUUUUUACAUUAAAUAGCUAAAAAAGAAAAAAAAAUGCCUAGGACAAAUAAAAUGUAGUAAAAGAAAUCUUACUUGAUAUAACAAGUGUUAGAUAACAAAGGCUAGAAAAUUCAGAUAAUUUAUAAAGUUUAAAUAGGCUUAUGUUUAUAAAUGUGCAGAUUUGACAAUAUUUUUUCCAUGUCACCUUUUAUAAAAUAUCUUAAAAAAAGGAAAAUUUGAAGAAUGCUAAUAUCUUGGGAAACAUGAGAUAAGGCAUAGGGAAAGAAUUGGUAGCCAUGGAGAAUCUGAAGACUCAGCAUUCAACAACUAAUCAAAGAUGGUUUUGUGAUUUGAACUCUGGUCAUGUUGCACCGUAUUUUUCCUUUCCUGUCAAAGUGUAUGGCACAUUCUUAAAGAGUCUGGUUCUUGGAAUGGCUAUUUUCUUCAUUCAGGGGCAGGGAUCAAUAUUGAAGUUCGCAUGUGAAGCAGCAGGGAUGUAGAUAGGAAAGAAUAUCUGUUACAAGGCUGUAGGAAAGGGAAUGGUAAUUAGGACUCCUGCUUGGAAGAAUUCUUGAAUAGGUAGGGGAUAAAGGAAAGGAAUUCUGUGGAGGUUAACUGACAGAUGUACUAUUCAUUUGUGAGGAUCUUCUUUAUUCUGUUCUGAUAUUUCCAAGUGUAUAUUUUAGUGAAAUUUUGAUUUUUUUAAUCAGUAAAACCUGAUUGUUUUGGUAUCUUGAUGGGAGGUCCUUUGGCCCUUCUUCCCCAUAUUUAUAGCUUUUUUUUUUUUUGGUACCAGGGAUCGAACUCAUGACCUUGUGCUUAUGAGGCAAGUGGUGGAAUCACUGAACUAAAUCCCUGGCCCCAGAUCUAUUGCUUUUAAUCGAUAAAAUCUCUAUGGGAUACACGCACUGGGGGCUGAACUUCUCUGGCAUAAAUACCGAAAGGCCAUUUAUAGCAGGGAGUGAGAUCUACUCUGAGUGUCCCCAAAAGGUUGAUCUAGGACCAAUAAGGGGAAACUGUAGGAAGACUUCUUAGGGAAUACAUAAACAGAGUCUGAACGUACAAAUAUGAACAGGCUUGCCCCUAAAGACAGGGAGUCCUUUGUUCCUGACAAGGGUCAGAUAUAGGCUGAAAAAUUAUGCAAGAAAGAUGGAGGUUUUCAAACACAAGGCAAAUGGCUGUGUGAGAAAAUGUUUAAUGUCCUUUAAUCCUAAAACUCCUCAAUUCCAACGUGGCAUACUAUGACCAUCUACUGCUACUGCUCAGUGUACAUGCUCUUGCUUAUGAUGUGAUGUGACCAGCAGAAAACCAAGAGGCUCUGGUGUCAGAAUUCAUGGAAGUAAUGCAGUACUGAGUAGGAGUCUCCUUAGAGCAGAAUCUGAGCUUUGAUCCUCCACAAAUCUGCAGAUUCAGUGGAAAUCUGGAAAAGGGGACCCUUAAUUUCCAUUGAGGACAAACCAGAAAAGAUUAUAUAGAUAAGAUUCCCAAAGAAAUUGCUUUGACUGCUCAAGUCUGCUUGUAUUGCUUUUCCAUCCACCUUUUCCAUAGUCUCUUGAGAAUGCUAAUGUUCCCCCACUCGGCCUACAAUAUAGCUACUGCUCCAGCCACAGCCUUAGCAUAAAUCUAAGUCCUUAAGGCUCAUUUUGCAGAUCAUGUUCUGACUGUAGCAAACACCCUUUCUCCAUGGAUGUCCUAUGGCUCUACACUUUAGUGUCUCCCAGGAUUAACUUUGGAGAAAUCAUCAGUUUGCAAGGCAAGAAAAUACUGGUUUGGGAACUUUGAACCUCUUUCUGCAUCAAGGCAAGUGUACUGUCUUGGGCAAGUCACUUUGUUUCUCAGAAUUUUGUUUCCUUAUCUGUGAAUUAAGAAAAGUGAAACAGAAGAUCUUGCAGACUCUUCUAGUUCUAAUAUGCUCAGUAUUUGCUGGAAAAUAGAUAUGGAUUUAGCAAUUUUGUUAUCUCCUGCUCUAAAUAUUGUGGCCACUAAAAAAGGUCCUGGGAAAUGUAAUAGUACUAGUAGUGACACUUGUAUUUGUAUAUUGCUUUGUGGUUACCAGGUGUUUCCAUUUACAUUAUCUCGUUUACUAUGUUAAGAGUUAAGCAUGUUCUCCUCCAAACUUGCCACACUCUGAUUGCAAUUGUUAGCUUCCUUAGAAUUAGAAGCAUCUGAAAUCAAGAUCUCUGGCCUGUUCUCUUUUAUCCUUUGUGCCUCAGGAGGGAUUAAUCCAGAUGACUUCUUAUGCAGCAAGAGAAAAGAAUAUCAUUUUGCUUUUGUCUAUAUCUCUCAAUUUUUUACAUUUUAGGCUUCUGUUCCAACUCGCUGUAUUCAAUGAUCUCAUAUUUUGAAAUCAUGGUUAGAUUGGGAUUAGAAUAUCUGGAUUUUUCUGAGUUUGAGUCACAGAAGUAAUUUUUUUAGGUGACUGUUAAAUGUGUAUUGUCAUAUACAGGAAUCUUCUGUGGGUGAAGAAGGCUUUAUCUUAUGCCCCUGAGCCCUUUGUAUUUUAGACAUAGGCUUAACUUCUAAUCAAGUCAUACUUGUAGAGUUUAGCAGCAUAAAUUUGAGUGACCUAACAGAGUAAGUGGGAAAAUCUUAGUACGUAGAAUUUAAAAGUAGCUCAAAGUGAAAUUAAAGGAAUGGAACUAGGAUUUGUUUGGAAAAGAAGGUAGGAAAAUUGAUGAGAAACUGUGGGGCUUUUUUGAUUUUUGCAGUAAAUUAUCCUCUUCAUGAUAUAUGUAAAUCAUUUUAUGUCACCCUGUGUUUUAAGAUUAUCAGAUCUGAAUUUAUACUUUUGCUGGUCAAUGGUUAGAUCCAAAUGUUGACAUAUACAUCACAUAUGUGAUCAGGCAUUAAAAGAAGUGCCCUAAGGGAGCUUGUGAUUUUAAAGCUAUGGAAAAAAAUCACACAAGGGUGUUUAGGGGUGUGUAACAAAGAGAGUUUUGUGCAAGUGGGUAAAAAAUGAAGUGGAUAUGUGAACGUGUGCAUGUGUAGAUGGAGAGGUUGGAGAAAGCCAGAAAGGAGGCUCCAAGAGGAGAGGCAGUGAGAAUGCUUGGGAAGGGAAGAUGUGUCCAGCUUAAGCAAGGUGGAAACCAGCAACUUGGAUCUGAUGAACUCCAUGGUGGAGCAUAAAGGCGAGACUCUCUGAAGAGAGCUCUGAGAGAAGCUAGAAAAAGUAAGUGACUUGAAGAUUGUAUUGAGAAGUAUUGAGGUGGACAUGGAGAUCUAGAGGUAGGGAGUUUCUGGUACUUUCUGAAUCUUUGUGCUUCUUUCUCUUGUUUUUGCUAAUGAAACCCAUUUUCAAUAAUGGCUGCAGGUAGGCAUAUGGAAACAAUGAGCAUCAGUUAGACAAAACUAAAUCAUUUGUGAUAUCUACACAAAGGAUAUGCACCAUAUUGGAAAUGUGCUUUUCAGUUCCAUCCAGACUUCCCACAAGAAAGGCAUGAUGUGGGUGGGGAUGUGUUUUGACUAAAAAAGAACAGAAGGAAGGGAGUGUCUCAAUGAGGGAAAGGGAAGAUGUGCCGAGGAAAUACACUAAAACAGAAUAGCAUCUCUUUUACCCAAAACUACAAAAAUGAAGAGAAUGACAAUAUAUAGCCAUUAAGUCUUUGAUCCUCAGCUGAAUUCAUAGACAUAGAACUUGCUAUCUUAGUCUUUUCCGUGAGACCUCUAUCCUCUGGAAGUGCAUAUGGUAGGUCCCUAAUGUUUCUGGACCACGUCAAUCCUGAUCUACUCUGGGAAAUCCUUCUGGAUUGAAAUUUCACAUUUUUAUACAAACAGAUGAAUGUCAUUGCCACUUGGUAACUUACCUGGAGUGCUGAAUUAGAAGUGAAAAAGAUGGGGGUGAUUAAUGAGGAUUCAAUUUCUGGUAUUUUGAGUUCCCUGCUCCAAUAAGCUGCUCCAAUUAGCUGCAAUUUUUAGUGGCAGAAAAUAAUAUUUAUUUAGUUACUGUAUCUUUUUUGAAAACUUAUCUUAAAAUAAUUUAAGACUCACAGGAAGUUAAAAAAUUACAAAGUGGUCUUACCCUAGAUCCAGUGUUCCCUUGUCAAUAGUAUUUUACAGUCCAUUUUAAACUAUGGAAACAAGAGUUCACUUUGAACCAUUUUUCAAAACCAGGAAAUUGACACUGGUGUACUACUACUAACUAAACUACAGACCUUAUCUGAUGUCAUUAGUUUUUCCACAUGUUCUCAUUUAAUUGAUAGAUUCUUUUUUUUGCUGAUUUGUAACCUGGCAUUGCUUAGAUGAAACAUGAAAGACAUGAUUUGGAUAGAAUUAAACAAAAUUUGAAAUAAUGUUCAAGAGAACAAAUUAAUGUGCUCAUUUAUCAAUGAGCCAUAUCAUGCCUAACCUGGUUCCAAAUUUUAAGGUUAGUUUGUUUGGAUCUGAAACAAUCCAAGGACAAAAUAGAUCCAAGAACAAUACAAAAGCAAUAAGACCUAUGCAUAGCUUAUUGAGUAGAGAGCAGAUCCAGAAAGAAAAUCUAGGUAAUGUGGUUCCCUCAGUUCGUACAGGUGAGUAGGAUUUUCACUAGUGCUAAGGAGAACACUUUAGAGUGAACCAGUGUUUUAGCCAAGAGUUGGGUUGCAAUUAUUUAACAGCACCAGUACAGCUUAUGAAAGGAACAGAAUACAAUGGUAUAGAUCCCUGAUGUGUGUGAUGAAACACCUUUUUCAGAGUAGACAGAAGUUUCAUAAAUAUCUAUUCUUAAUUAGAAUAGCAAUCACAUUUGUCGAAAUUAAAUGCAAACAGCCCCAAAAUGGGGAAAGUUGAAACUAUGAUUCUGUAGAUUAUGGCCUUAAACUUUGUGAUCGCCAUUUUUAAGCUGCCCUAAUCAAGAUUAUAAUAAUAUGUCUUGUAAAGUUCUGAGGACAUUUGUAAACACUUGCUGAAUAUUUUGUGAAUGUUUUUUGAAUGAAUAAAAUAUGGAUAUGUUAUCUAGCAAGGAUGAACCUAGGAGAAUUGAUUUACUUUAACAUUGAUGGUUUAUUUUGAAAUAAGAAACAAUGCCCAGACCUCUAAGUAGGUGCAGUGUAUCCUCCAUUUGGAUACUUGGUGAUGAGAAAAUUGAUCAGUGGAAAUGAUUUAUCCUUUGUGGUAUUUAAACAGUACUGCAAGGUAUCUUAAUAGGACAUAAGAUCAAAAACAGUCCAGUCUCUGGCUAUAAACCCAGCACAUUUGAUAUACACUUUUUAGUUUUUCCUGUAGAUGUCUUGUCUACAACUUUACAGACCUCUUAUGGAAAAGGGAUCUGAAUCCCAAAGUAGCUCAUGCUCAUGUCCAGGAAGAAUUUUUAAAAAGACACACACACACACACACACACACACACACACACACACACACACACACACACUACAGAGUCAUUUUCCAAAAGAGAGGCUUGGAAAUAAUGGAAAGUUGUAAAGAUUCUUGCAAGCACACAAAGUUUCUAAUUUAGCCUAUUUUAAUAGUUAUUUACUAUUGAUGCUAUCUUACUUGUCUCCUGUUUUCUGCUGGUGACUUUUUUUGAGGACUGAGUUUCUGCAGCUGUGUGGUACACUCUAUGAUUAGGAAGCAUCUGGGCUUUUUUUGUAGGAUAAUGGGUAAAUAGAAAAUGGAUUUAAUUUCUGCUAAAAACUAUCAUAGACAUUCCAAAAGAGAAUAUGUAAAAUUUUUCUGUAUUAGAAAAACAAACAUGCUACCAAAUGUAUAUUUUCUUUUCUUUAUUUAUUCUCUGUAAGUCUGUCAGAUGAUAAAUUGUAAAUAACAAUGAUUAAAGAAUCAUGCUACUGAUGGAUACUUCUCUGUGUAAAUAGCUCCUGUUCUCAGCUUUGUUACCUUUCUUCCUUGUAUCAUUUUUGGAGAAAGGAUAGGAUGUGAAGACACAGCUGUGGGUAUAUAUGUGAGGUGGAUGCCUGUUUGUUGAUAUAUCGAAUGGUGGUUAUUUAAGCAGUCUCCUAAUAUAUUCACUCACUGUUAAUUGGAAGAAAAACAUUUUGGUCUCCAACAUUGUAAAGACGGAUUUUAUGUUCUCACAUUAAUUGGUUCAGUUCUGGGAAAUCAGUCCAGAGUUAAAUGGGGAUCCUUAUCACUAUUGUUGCAGAGUUAUCUUGUUUGAUAUACAUAAAUUCCUGCUAAAUCCAGACAUGAUCUGUCUCAGACUCUCUACACAUGUACAAACCAAGAAGAAAUGCACAGCCAGUAUAUGAACUCCACAAUAGAGAUUAGGAUGAAAUCACUCAAAAGAAUACAUUUUACCUGAUGAAGUUCAUAUUUCAACUCAGAUUAACUUGGUUUUCUGAGUAAGAUAGCACAUUUCUUUCAGCAAUGGUCAUGGUAGGUAAGGAAUGGACAGAAAUUCUAAAGAACAAGAGGGCUCAUGAUUGCUCAUAGACUCUGCAGUGUCUGGUUUGGUUUUAGGGAUUCAGGUUACAGAGUGAUGGGAGGGGCAAUGGGGCAGAGGUUUGAAAAAUGUACAAUUCUAUUGUCAACACCCAUUGCCAAGGUUUAAACA